UCAUCACUUAAUGUGUUGGAGGAGUUGCAAGAAAAAUGAGUACGGGCACUCAACCAGCGACGGCCAGGAUUCAGCCAAAGAAACAGACGUUAGAGGAUGCAUAUUCUCCCCCUGCGAACUUCCUUGAAAUAGAUAUCACGGACCCUCAAACUCAUGGGCUGCCCAAAUCAAAGGGGAGAUACACAGAUUACGCUGUCAAAAUGAAGACUAACUUACCAGUUUUUAAAGUAAAGGAGUCAACGGUGAGACGAAGAUAUAGUGACUUUGAAUGGCUGAGAAAUGAGUUAGAAAGAGACAGUAAGAUUGUAGUUCCUCCUUUGCCUGGGAAAGCUUGGAAAAGACAAUUACCCUUUAGGAGUGAUGAAGGAAUAUUUGAAGAUGACUUCAUUGAAGACAGAAGGAAAGGCUUAGAACAGUUUAUUAACAGAGUUGCAGGUCAUCCACUUGCACAAAAUGAAAAGUGUCUACAUAUGUUCUUACAAGAAACAAAUAUUGACAAGAACUAUGUGCCAGGCAAGAUUCGCACCACGUGAGAGGGAGCAUGCUAGCUUAUCUCCCCCACCAAUAGAGAGAAAGGACAGAUUUUUUUAUGUGACAGGCAUUUUACAGGGUUAGGAGAUGGGUUUUAGAACAAGACUAAAAUUGUGAUGUAAAAUGUUGGAUAUUACUGUUUUUUUGUUGAAAUCUAACCAAGUAUAGCAUUUCUUUGUCAUAGAUUUCUUCAACUAGAUGGAUAGGAGACAAUAUAAACAUUUUCAUGAGUGAUAAUUUUUGUAACUGAACAAAAUUGAUUUUUUCUGCUUAGAUUUAAUUGCCUGUUAUAUUUCACCAAAAGUAAGAUAAAUGAUAUGUUGAAAACACUGUUUGUUGAAUAGUAUUGUAGUAUAAUCAAUUUCUUGUUUAUGGCUUUCAAAUUGCAUCGAACAACACAGCAAAUCUUUUCAUGAAUUAAAAAAAAUUUCAUUCUGAUAUCUGUAUACCCUGGGUGUACGUACUACAAAAUUUCACACUGAAUGUCACUGAUUUCUAUAUACCCUGGGUGUACUACAAAAUGUCACAUGAUAUCUGUAUACCCUGGGUGUACUACAAAAUGUCACAUGAUAUCUGUGUACCCUCCGUGUACUACAAAAUGUCAAUGAUAUUUGUAUACCCGGGAUGUACUACAAAAUUUCAAUGAUAUUUGUGUACCCUGGGUGUACUACAAAAUGUCACAUGAUAUCUGUAUACCCUGGGAGUACUACAAAAUGUCAAUGAUAUUUGUAUACCCAGGAUGUACUACAAAAUGUCACAUGAUAUAUUUAUACCCUGGGUGCAUUAAUGGUUGUUGUUUUUGUUAAAAUAGUUUGAGUUUAGAAAGUUUUAGUAUGUAAAUACAUGCACCCUUAUUUCGUUUAUUUUCAAACUCCUAUAAAGUACAUGUAUAUACAUAUAUUUACAUUAAAUUUGACAUACCACCAAAAGUAAAUGUUUUUUCAGAGAUCACUACAUGUAUACCUUCAUAAUUUUUUUCUUCCUUUUUUUUCUUUCCCCCCCCCCCCCCCCCCCCCCCCCCCCCGCAUUUUGUGUAAAAAUUCACUUGAACUAUAAGACAAUUUUACUUACCUGUAUAUCAAACUGUGAAAUAGAUCAAAUGAUGAUGUUUAUUUUAUGUUUAUAGAUAUAUCAUUCAGUAAUAUAAUGUAAAACAGAUGCAGAAAGUUUUUUUUAUAAAGAACAUUUUUGAAAUUUUGUAAGCUAUUAUUUUAUACAAUGUACAUGUAUGUUUUAAAAAGACAUCUUUAUUUAAUAUGUAGAUUGUGAAUUGAAACAUUCAAGUAGUAAACAAUUCAAGAAGUAAAAAAAGCAAUCCAAAGAUAGAAUCUGCUGCAGUUGAGAUGAACUUUAAAAUUAAGAUUAACAGGUUUAUAUAUAUAUAUAUAUAUAUAUAUAUAUAUAUAUAUAUAUAUAUAUAUAUAUUAAAUCAGACUUAGUAAAGUCAUACACCAAAACAAAUGUGUCACAAUUUUAGGUUGUAUGUGUAUUUCUCUCUUGAAAUAGAACAUGAAUUCCAGGCUUUAACAAGAAGGGUUACAAAAUGAUGCAUUUCUUCAGUUUUUGCUGUAUCAUCUUGUAAUAUAAAGUGUAGAGAGCUGUUACUUCUACUGUGUAUAGUGUUGUCUCUUUAUGGUACACUACCUGACAAAAAAGGUGGAGAAUUUUACACACCAUAAUUAUGUAUAAAUAAACUGUACAAACUAAA